CUUUUGUUUUCAAAACAAAAACGAUCGAUUCUUUCAAUAAAUCUGCGAUAUAUGUAUGUAUGCAUGUUAAGCAUGCGCAAAAGUACUGGGAUUGUAUUAAAUUACUCCUGUCUCAUCAAAUAUCAGCAGUUGAACAGUAAAAUUUUUUAAUUAAUUACACUAAAGGCCAAUUCGAUAAAUCAACAAUAUGUUUGAAACCAUGCAGUAUAUACGAGUUCAAAUUGUGACUACCUAAAUAUCGCAUGAGUGUACCUCAUUGUGGCAUACUAUAAACUUAUUCGGCCCUAGUGCGGCAGAAGUUCACAAAUACACUUUUCUUAGCCUCGCAUUGAGCAAGAAAACAAACAUCAGACAUCAUGGCUUUGGAGCACACAUUUCUUGGAACAUGGGAGAUAAUUUCAUGUAAAUUUGAAGGCAUGCGCGAGUUAUCUGGACUAGAGGGCAUAAAAUUUCGCCUAGAUGAUACUAGUGACAUUACCUGGUAUAAUGAUCUAGUCAGUCCACUUCCUGAAAUAACUGACAGCAGCACUUGCUAUGAUUCAGCAAGAAUUUUAUUUAGUUGUGAAACGUUUGAUGUACACGAGGCUAAUCCUCGUCUCGUCUUUGGCGCUUUUGAUGGCCACAGUAUUGAGUUCAAUACUAGUACGAUAAUGCCAACUGACUCCCUAAUACUUAGUUGCGAAAACUGGUAUUCACUUGAAUGCAAGAGGCUCCAGAACGAUCGAGCAAAUGGUCAGGAAAAUCAAUUUAGUUUUGGUGAAGCACUACUGGACCCUUAUUUUAGCGAUGUUUUAGUGAAAAGUGGUACUGGAUUAGAAUAUGCUCUUCAUUCCUCAAUAUUGCGUCUCAACGGAUUUGAUUGUAGUAUGUGUACAAACAAUACCCUGUUCUCAACAUCUCAAAACUUACAGCCUUUGCGUCUUAUAUCAAAUACGUCAAAUACUAAUCCUAUAAAAAUAUCGAUUGCGAUUGUUGAUGCUGGCAAAAAGCAAACAAAAAAAUUUCAUGACAUAAGUUUAUCCUCCGUAUAUAUGCAGCCAAUCUGCGAUUAUCAGCUUUUGACUCCAAACACAGGAUUAGAGGCGCAGCGUGUGCAUCAUUUUAGUAGCAGUUUUAGCUGCUUAAGCAAUGGUAAUGAAAAGGAUUCGCCUGGAACAUUUUGCGAUAUUGAUGUUGGACUCUUACGUAUGAAAGGUGGUGGCUUGCGUCGAUUUCCAUCAACUUCCCAUUCCGAUUCACAUCUGGAGUCGUCUCAAAUAGAAUGCAAAAAUAUUUUUAAUUUCUGUCAGGAAUCGAUGUUACUACCCAUGUCAUCGUCUAAUCCUCAAAACGACAGCAGCACUGCGAAUCUGGCUAUAUGUAAUACACGCCGACCACCACUGUCUCCUUACCGAGCCCGCAGCCCUUUUCCGUUUAUCAAUUCAAUGGAUACACCGCCGUCGUCACCACUGACACCAGUUGGAGUACUUUUCAAUUUAUCCACAUUUCUUUUAAAUCCGAUCCUGCAUUGGCUUUAUACAGAAUCCUUGCUUCCUGAAAUGGAUGAGGACGUUUGUGAGAAGCUAAUAAACUUUUGCGAAGCGCAACCUUCCCUAACAAAGCUGGUGCCACCAGCUCGCACAUACUUGCGUUUACUACAACUUAAAAAAUUUGUCGUAAAUAUAACAAUGGAUCUGCACAACAUCCUCAACCGUCUAAUACAGUACCUAGAUCCUGCUACAAUAUCUCACACGCCAGCUUUACUAUACGCGACGUUUCAAAAUGGAUUCCGAGAAUGUGCAAUAGGCUGCGCUAAAGUACUGCAAUUUUGCAAAAUCUUUAUAAAAGAUGCCACUCACCUGUCUCGUUAUCAGAAAAAUGAAAUCGUCAAAUUUGUGCGAACCCGCAUACCAAUAUUUAUGUCGCAAGUACUGCAAUUGCUGCGAAAUGCUCUGGAAAUAUUUAUAGGAUUAAGCAUUUAUGAGAAGGAAGAAUUGGUGAAUUAUCUUGUACCUGAGAUUGAAUCUACUUUAUUAAUUUUAACCACUGUGAUAGAGGAAAUCAAAAAGUCUUUGGGAACUAUGUGUAAGAACUUAAAUUGCACUCAUUUAGAUCGGACGCAGAAGCAGCAACAUUUGAAUGAUGAUAUUGCUAUGCAGCAGCGAUUUGUUAACGGCGUAAUAAUGUCGCCUAGGCCACGUCAUGGUCCACCCGUCGGUUCUGCACUUUAUGACAAUCAUUCAGAGCAACGCAUCGGCUUCGCAGAAAACGAUCUAAAGUUUGUAUUAUAUAUGUACGAAGUUCGAAAAAUGCGUGACAUUUAUGGACGUAUCACAACUGCCCUGGAAAUAAUUAAAGACAAAAAGAGCACCUUUUGUGAAAUGGACAUUUUUAGUAAGCGCAGCACGAUUAAACAGAAUCUCGAAAAGCUUAUUGUGGACAUACCUGCUUACAUAUCGACUAUAGAGAAUCUUUCAGAUCGCCUAGAUGACAAGCUGGGAUGGAAACAAUUUAAAUUCUGCUUUAAGUUGGCUACCAGUCAAAUUAAUGGCGUUUUUGUAAAGUUAUUGGAUCACAAAUCAGCGCUUCGAGAAGCUAUUGAGGAAAUAUGUAAGGUGGUCCGAAAACAAGAAUUUUUGAAGUCGAUUAUUGAGCUCGGAUUUUUGGAGCCAUCUAACCAGCUACAACAUGAUCUCAAGCUGGCUGACCAGGAAAAUAAUUUGGAUUUAGGUCAGAGCAGUAGCAAAACGAUGCCCACGAAUCAAUAUUAUGACUACAGAAAUUUUAAGCUUAACUUAAUAAGACAUUUGUGUGAGCCGCCCAUUGCAGCCCAAAGCAACCUAUCAAAAAAUGCAUUACGCUUGCUUCACUCAGCGCAAAUGGCGGAUAUGGAAUUUGAAGUGCACACAUAUGCGUCAUCCACAAUUAGCGACAGGAGUUGGGCUACAUUGAUGGCGACGCACACUGAACUAAAAAAUGUGUCACUGCAAAUUCAUAGCUUUAAAGCACAUCGUGUAAUUGUGGCCGCGCGCUGUGAAUGGUUUAAAAAAGCAUUAAUGUCCGGAAUGAAGGAAUCGAUCAACAGAAAAGUCAUUAUAACAGACACUUCGCCAGUUAUCUUUCGAAGACUGCUACUUUACAUUUAUGGUGCUCCUAUAGAUCGUACUGUGGGAGCUGAUCAAAUAUGCGAACUUAUGCUGCUGGCUGAUAGAUACUCAAUUGAUAAUUUAAAGGAAAUAUGUGAAAAUACACUGAAUUCAUUGAUAGAUGAGGAUUCCGUAGUCUGUCUAUUAGGCAUAGCGGAUCGUUACGUAGCAACAGUGCUCAAGUCCAGUUGUAUUUCUUUUUUAUCGCAACACGCUUAUCUUACCAAGUCUGAAAUAUUCAAGGAACUACCGCAAGUUCUUCAACUAGAAGUGAUUGACCUAGUAAACUGGUUUGGACGCGCAUCAGAACCAUGGGAUAGUUACAAUUUUAAACCACGCAGCAGCUCACGUCACAGUCUAAAAAGCACAUCGAAGUCUCAUUCACGAUCCCGUAAAUCAUCACCGUCUUUUAUGUGACUAUGUGCCAGCAAUAACACUAAUGUGAUUAUAACUCUUUAGCUGUAACAACCUUAUACAAUGGAAACAGUAUUAAUAUAAAGUCCUUAUUACCGAAUUUCCGAUCCCAACCAUUUCUAAAUACAAAGCAUAUUGUUAUCUAAAUAAUA